AUGAAGACUCUGCUGCUGCCUCUGGCUCUUGUGGCUGCUCUGCUCUGCUCUGCCUCCACUGUCCCCAUCCCAGGACCAGUGCCCUACCAUGCCUUCUGCAGAUCCAUGUGGCUUUUUGCGACUCCGUGUGCGGCGAUCAGCAGUGCCCUGGAGCAGCAGAUUGUGGCCCUCAGUCCGGUAACCGGUUGCGGAAACUGCUUUUACAAUCUGGUGUCAGUGACGCCGUUGGCCAUCCUGGCAAACCACACCUCUCCAGACGGACUCACGGCCGAAACUCUCAGCUUCAAAUUCCUCCCCAGUGUUUUGACGGGAGGCUGUAGAGUCAAUGCCAACUCCCAGUCCAUAGCUUUCACCAGUCUGCUCGACAAUGGCCUCAACUACUGUAACCUCUACAAUAUACUCUCAGCGAGUGGUCUUUCUGCACAGCCAGACUUUAUGGAGAUGACCAAUGAGUGGGCCUGUCUCGGUUAUGGGCUUGCCUCGUGCAAAUGA